UCGAGAGACGUACUUCGCUGAGUUUUAAACUAUCAUCCACUAACAAUGUCUGGACGCGGCAAAGGUGGCAAAGUCAAGGGAAAGUCCAAGACUCGUUCAACGAGAGCUGGUCUUCAAUUCCCAGUGGGCCGUAUUCAUCGUCUGCUACGCAAAGGAAAUUACGCAGAACGAGUUGGUGCUGGAGCUCCAGUUUACCUGGCAGCAGUCAUGGAGUACUUGGCUGCUGAGGUCCUUGAGUUGGCAGGCAAUGCAGCUCGUGACAACAAGAAAACCAGGAUCAUCCCUAGACAUCUUCAAUUGGCAAUCCGCAACGACGAGGAGUUAAACAAACUAUUGUCAGGAGUCACCAUCGCUCAAGGUGGUGUUCUUCCCAAUAUUCAGGCAGUUCUACUUCCAAAGAAAACCGAAAAAAGCAGUUCUUAAAUCACUGCACUUAAAUAAUCGGCCCUUUUCAGGGCCACAAAAUCUUAAUACGUUGG